AUGAAGACCACCGCCGUCAUCACCUUCCUCGUCGCCAGCGGCGCCAUGGUCUCUGCGUACCCUUCCGUCCCGAGCGAAGAGGAACUGCAAGACAGAGUGAGGGAGAUUGUCGCCUCCGGCAAACUCCAAGGUGUCGACGAGCACAGCAACAACAAGAGAGCUCCUGGCGACUGCAUCUCGCCUACCUUAUGCUGUCCCAGCCUGACCACUCCUGUCGAUCCCCUCUUAGAUACUGUCUUGCAGCCCGUCGGUGUUAGCGUUUCUAACAUUGAGGGCUCGAUUGGUCUUCUUUGCCACCCUUACGAUGCUUCCUGCGCCCGGCCGGCUCAGUGCUGCGAUCAGGUCAACAUCUUGGGAGGUACCGUUGCUCUUGGCUGCCAGAACAACAGAUAA